GUUCGGAUUGUGUUGUGGUGGAAAGCCAAAAGAAACAGCAGUGGAUAGCCAUCAGUAUCAUUCUCACUAUCAAUCACUAAAGGGCCAUUGUGGUCCCGUCCUGUAAACGGCGCCAGUGUAAGCAGGCAGGCAGACAGAGAAAGAAGAAGAGAGAGCAGAAGGAAGAAGGGGGAGGAGAGGGCAGGGUGGCUGCAGGGAGAACCAGGGGGAGAGAAUGGUCGGGGAACAGUCUGGAUGCCCAUCUCAUCUCCUCCUGUGGGGAUGGAAAACUCUGCUGCUGUCUCAGUGCCUGUCCUCCGUGCUCUCCCAGGUCCCGGAUCCUGAGCUUUUACCCACAGAGCCCCCGAAGAAGCCGGACCCUGUCACCUCAGAGACUGUCGUUUUCUGGGGGCUGAGAUUAUGGCAGGUCAUUGGAAUUUUUUCAGUGUUUGUGUUGGCUGUUGUUAUUACUCUGUGCUGUAUUUUCAAAUGCCGUAUCCCACGGACAAAAAAGGAAAUUGAGGCACGACAUGCACAAAGACAAGCUGCCAAAAAAUAUGCCAACACAUUAGAGACAGUGCCACCGCUGAAUGAGCUGACUGAGAUCCCAGGAUCUGCAAAACCAGAAGAAAAAACUGAGGUUCCAACAGUGUCUGGGAAAGUGGAUGGUGAAAAAGGAGAAAAGAAGAGCAAAGAGGGAAAGAAAGACAAGAGUGCCAAAGAAGGGAAAGGGGAUGACAAGGAGGCUUCUACAAAAAAGAAGGGUGAAAAGGGAGAGAAGGAGGAGAAGGGGGAAAAAGGAGCAUCCAAGAAAGAAGGUGGUGAAGGAAAAGGAAAGAAGAGCGACAAAGGAGAGAAGGAUGAAAAAGGAGGCAAAGGAGGUGCUAAAGGGGGAGGCAAAAAAUCACAAAAGUGAACUGUGAUCCGUCUUAAAGAAAAAGGUAACUGUUUUAUAUUUCACGUAGCA